AUGCCGGCAUAUCGCAGGGGCCUUCUCGUCGCGGUCUGCCUCCUGGCUUUUAUCUACCUCUUUCGCUCGGGGCGACCAGCCGAAAUCCCAGGUGCGCCUGGAUAUCGGCCAGUGCCGGGAAUUUCUCAGGAGGAGCAGGAUGCACUAUCCCAGCACAAGACCAAGAAGGCAUUUGCGAGGCAGCAACACGCGCUUUCGUUUGGAAGCGCGCCCUUGCGCGACCGCUUGCGAUACCAAUUCCCUUAUGAUCUGCGGAGCAGAUUUCCGGCAUACAUAUGGCAGACUUGGAAGUAUGAUCCGUCUUCCAUCUGGUUUAAAGACGGGCUUCGCGAACCCGAGGCCUCAUGGACUACCUUGCAUCCUGGGUUUACGCACGAGGUAAUAACAGACGAUGUGCAAAGGCAUUUGAUCAUGUACCUUUACGCAUCUCUCCCCGAUGUCUUUGAGGCCUACGACUCGUUGCCACUCCCGGUCAUGAAAGCCGACUUCUUUAGAUACCUGAUACUGCUCGCACGAGGUGGGAUCUACAGUGACAUCGAUACCGUCGCUCUCAAACCAGCUCCAUAUUGGUUGCCCGAUGAGCUCGAUCGAUCUAAAGUGGGCAUAAUUUUCGGAAUCGAGGCGGACCCGGAUCGACCAGAUUGGCAUGACUGGUAUUCCCGUCGAAUCCAAUUUUGUCAAUGGACCAUCGUCGCAAAACCGGGUCAUCCCAUUUUGCGUGACAUGGUCGCAUAUAUCACAGAGCAGGCGUUGCGGAUGAAGAGGGCCGGAAUUCUCAAAGUUGGCAAGAUGGAUAAGACAGUGAUGGAAUUCACGGGACCGGGUGCCUGGACUGACGCCAUCUUCCGCUACCUCAAUAACCCCGACUACUUCCAAAUCACACCGGGUGAGAAAAAUAUCACCUACGAGGACUUUAGCGGCCAGACCAGCCACCGAAAAGUAGGCGAUGUGGUUGUCUUGCCUAUUACAAGCUUCAGUCCCGGUGUCGGACAAAUGAACGCCGGAGAUACGGAUGAUCCUAUGGCCUUCGUGCAGCAUCACUUUGACGGGUCGUGGAAGACAGAUCCCUCUCUAUAG